GUGUUCGUGCGUGUGUGUGUCUUGACGGCGUCGGGAGGAGACGGAGCAUCAGACCCGCAGGAGCUGGACCGACACAUCUGGACCGAGAGCGAAAUCUCGUGAACGGAGACGCGCACGAACGGAGCGCGGGCGCGCGGACAGGUGCACAGCUGUGUCUCCUCGGCGUCAUCCCGUGACCGCCAAGCCGGGCUCGCGGGCAUGGCGGAGGAGACCCGCGUCAUCUACCACCUGGAGGACCAGGACACCCCCUACCUCGUCCGCAUCAACGUGCCCGCGGAGCGCGUGACCCUGGCGGACUUUAAGCACGUGCUGAACAAACCCAACGUGAAAUUUUUCUUCAAGUCCGUGGACGACGACUUCGGGGUGGUCAAAGAGGAGAUCAGCGAUGAUGACGCCAGGCUGCCCUGUGUGAACGGACGGGUCGUCUGUUGGUCUGUGUCUUUCAGCAGUGUCACUGACUCCACCAUGUCGCUCAACAUCAUCACUGUAACUCUCAACAUGGGUGAGUACGCUUCAUCCGGUGACGCUAACCGUGGCAAAGUGUUGGGAUCCGAACCCGCGAGGCUGCUUCACGUUGCCGAGAAGCGAACCAGUCCGUCCCAUCGACCCUGCUGCCUGGGUGUCUCACACCGCCGCCAUGACGGGGAGGCUCCUCCCACUAUACGGUAUUACACCCACCAUCCUCUGCACCUCCCGUCACCUGUCCAUCAGAUGCUAACCUGCUACUCUUUUCCAGGCGUGAACGAGGAGAACCACCUCAACAUCCACAGUGACAUGACCAUGGUUGUCAAGGCGAUGGCCAAUCCCGAGUCUGGCCUGGAGGUCCGAGACAGGAUGUGGCUGAAGAUCACCAUCCCCAACGCUUUCAUCGCCAAUCCAGCCCUCCACUCUGUGGCUUUGUACACCACCAAUGUUAGAGCUACGAAUGACGUCCGUCACACACAGUGGCCCGUUGUGUGGUACCCUCAGCGCGGUUUACCGGGACGCCGCCGCCGGCCGAACCCCCCUGUAGGAGCAGGCGCUCGCUCUGGAAGCUGUAGCAGCGGCUCAAACUGCAGCGACAAUCAGGAGGAAGGAGCAGGAGGGAGCGAAUUGAGAGACUCCAAACAGGAAGCAAGUGCCUCUCCUGAGAAGCGUCUGGAGGCGGAGCCUCUCAGUGACAGCAGCGUCCAGCGACCUCCGAGCUGCUUUGAAGACCUCCUGCCGUCAUCUAGAGGUCAGCACCACGACCUUCCAACAGCCCAGCCUGGAGUCUCCGCCUCCCGCCAGUCCUUCCGCAUGGCCAUGGGAAACCCCGGCGACUUCUUUGUGGAUGUCAUGUGAUCACAUUGAGACCUGGAAGCGUUUCCGUGAUUAUAAACUGUUGAGUUCGUAGUUUGAAUGAAGCUGAUUCAGGAAAGUUUGCUCUUCGUCAUAUUUAGAUUUUAUUUAUGAACCUCCACUGUGAAGCGGCACACCUUUGACCUCACCUGCCUCCAGCACUCGCCUGUCCAACCCGCCAUCCUCACGUGUUUGAAGAUCGGAGCAGCUCAGAGGCCGGGAGCGUUCGAUUUGAUCCGUUAUCACGUCAGGACCUCGCUCUGAGGCUCUUCUGUUCUACAUCGGUUCUCUGGUUCCUGUCCGUGAGGACGUCGCAGAGGGAAAGCUGAGCUUCGUCUCCAGGAGCUGCCGGAUGUUGAAUCGUGUGCCGGGUUGGGCUCGACAGGAGAUCCAAACCGGAAGCAGAAGCAGGUUCAGGUCAGCGAGAGGAAACGGGAACUAACUGCAGGUACGCCCUGCCAACCCGGCUGUCGUCCGCCGGCCUGCAGGUCCAGCUCACUGACGGUUCCUCGAGUCCGUGCUGACCCGGUUUCCUGCGCACACUUCAGCUGCUCGUGUCUUUGGGUCACUUGUUUAUUAGUGACAGCAGAGUGAAGGAGACGUUUGAAAGUAUAGAAAAGCAUAAACACCGAACCUGAAAGAAAUAAAAACCCAGUGAAACCAGCAACAUGGUCGGAGGAUGGUCCUUCUUGCUCCAUCACAGCUUUCAGAGAAACGCUGUGUAUCCUCUGCAGACAUUUGAGUUGUUUAAAUCAAUAAAAGUCUUUGAAAUGUG